AUGACUUGGCACCUUAAACCAGUAUGUACGAUGGAUAUGACGCGAAAUGAACUAAGACUUGAUUCAGCCUAUUAAUAGAUGGAUGGAGAUCUCAUAGAUUAUGAUGGUUUUUAUUAUAAAAGAAAUAUGUAAACUAGAACUUCAAAUAGGUUAUUAACACCAAUAUCAGCGCUAUUCAUUUAGGAUAUUAAGUGUACUUUUAAUGUAAGUCUACUUUUAUUUUGGUUGACAACAAUUGCAAAUGAUGCCCUGUUAAUUGCCUAAAUUGUCAUGACAAUUCAGUUUGUCGUUAAUGCCACAAGAACUUUUAAUUAUCAAAUAAUUAAUGUGUAAUAUGCCCUUCUAUUUGCGAUGAAUGUUUUCAAGAUGAAGUUAGUUAAGAUGUAAUUAAUAAGAAGUGUGGGAGGUACUAACUAUUAAUAAUUCAAUAUCCCUUUUAAUUAUGUUGAUAUAAGAUGCAGAAUAUGUGGAUAGUUUUGUUAAGAAUGUAUUGAAGAUUAAAAUUCCGAUACCAAAAAUAUUUCCUUAGAUGUUUGA